AUGUUGCGAGUCGGGUCCUGGUUGUACGGCAAGAAGCCGGCACAGUCUGUGGACUCACUGGUUGAGUUGAAAGACUUGCACGAGGCGAUGGCAGCGGCAACUCUGAUUCUCAAUGAUGAUGUCGAUGGUGCGGAGAGUGGUCUCUCAACGGGCACUUCGUCUUUUCACAAUUUAGCUAAAGGCGUGGUCGCAUUCGUCCGGGCAACAUUAGGCUUCGAGCAGGAGAUUAUGCGACAAGCAUCCGAACGUCUUUAUGAAGCAGAAACCAGCGCAGCCAGCGAUCAAACUCGGUCUCAGCAAAACGCCCAAGCACCUAAUGCCUUUCACUCCGAUAUCUAUGCCACCGGUACCGAAUAUGCGUUGUGCCAGGCAAUCGCUCAAUUGAUGAGUGCGGUUGUCGGGGUACUGAAUGAAAGCUUGACAGAAAGUAUCAAAGCAUUCUACCGGCUGAGAAAGGCUUAUAUCGCACUGGACGCUAUCAUGAAGAUGGAAGAAAAGUUUAUGGAGCAGAGGGAUAUACGCAAAGCUCUAUUGCCCACUGCAAUUGAUCUCUCAAGCUCGAGCGCUGCAUGCCCAGACACAAAGUCGGAUUCGUCCAGUCUUACAUCGAAAAAAGGCGCAAGUGUGGCUGCCGUCGAGCAAACUGAGCUCAGUUCAUCAAUGAAUGGGUUGGCAAUCUCUCCCCGAGCGGUAUCUCCAGAUGUGGCAACGGCCACUUCGACACCUGUAAAGCAUAUCCACCACGAUCCUGACUCGGACAUCUUCAAAAACGAAAUCGAUAUUUUUGUGCACUCUGGUGCCAACUUCUGUUUUGGCAUUCUUCUUCUACUUAUAUCCAUGGUUCCACCGGCAUUCAGCAAGCUUCUUUCCAUUAUUGGCUUCCACGGCGACAAGCAACGAGGGCUGAGAAUGCUCUGGCAAGCUAGCAAGUUCCACAACUUUAUCGGUGCCAUGGCUGCUUUGGCACUACUAGGAUAUUACAACGGCUUUGUCCGCUACUGUGAUAUUAUGCCCGACCCAACUCCUGGCGAAGCCGACGUUGAGGGAUACCCGCAGGAGAGGCUGGCUGCAUUGCUGGCGGAGAUGCGGUCUCGGUUCCCCAACAGUCAACUUUGGCUGAUCGAAGAAUCGCGGAUGCUAGGCGCGAAUAAGGACCUGGGCAAGGCCCUGGAACUACUGUCCACGGACAAAAAGAGCCCUCUCAAGCAGGUCGAGGCGCUGUGCGUGUUCGAAAAGAGCUUGAACGCACUGUUCCUCCACAGAUAUGAUAUCUGCGCUGAGGCAUUCAUCGAAUGUGUGGGCCUUAACUCGUGGUCUCGUUCGUUAUAUUACUACAUCGCCGGAUCGUGCCAUGUUGCCCUGUUUCGGCAAUCUCUCCAUGACCCCAAACUUGCAGAGAAACACGCCAAGAAAGCCACUGUAUAUAUGCGGAAGGCACCCGAAUUCGCUGGGAAAAAGAAAUUUAUGGCCCGACAACUACCAUUUGAUGUCUUUGUGACUCGGAAACUAGCCAAAUGGGAGGCGCGCGCCAAAGAAUGGAAGGUGUCUCUGGUGGAUGCGAUUGGAGUUGAUCCUAUCGAAGAAAUGAUCUUCUUCUGGAACGGACAUAGUCGUAUGACCAGCGAGCAGCUAGAAGAGUCCCUAGAUCGUCUGAAAUGGUGUGAAAGCGAACACAACAAGACUUGGUCUCGUGAGGGGAUUGAAGAAAAGGCGAUCUUGGAGCUUCUUCGGGCUGCCAUUUUGCGAUCACUGCACAGACACGACGAGGCGAAAAAUAUCCUGCAGACUCGCGUCUUGAGCCACGACAAGUCUUUCUUUAAGGGCCACCUAAAGGAUGACUGGGUCCACCCAGUGGCGCAUUUCGAGAUGGCCGCCAACUUCUGGAUGGAGCGCCCCACAUACCAGGCCCUGCAUGGGAUUACUGCUUCCCCCAAGGCGUCGGACGAAGCGUCGGUGGGAUCUGGGAAGACACGCUCAGAGACCGAGAGAAAGCAGGUAUCCAAGUGCAAGGAAAACCUCGAUCAUGCUGCUCGCUGGGACAGCUACGAGCUCGACGCUCGUGUAGGACUCAAGGUUACUGCGGCGAUGGAAGCGGUCCAUAAAUGGGAGGCUAUGCAUCCUACCAUCUAA